ACUGACUGAGCCACCCAGGCGCCUUUAAAAUAUGUGCUAUUAAGAGCUAUGCAUAAAAUAUAACUUUAAAUGCAAGGGCACUGCCUUAGAUGGCAUAGUGAAAUAGCUAAGAUUGUCUGUGCUUUACUCAUUGGUUCAUCCAUCAAACACUUACUGAGGACCUACUUUGUACCAGGACUGUGCUAAGGGCUGUGGGCAUAAAGAAGAAUAAAACUUGGUUUCUGUAUUUAGAAAUCACCCCUCUUUUGGGGGGGGGCAUUGGCAAUAAAGCACGAUUGCGGCAAGUGCUGUGAUGGUGGCAUGUCCACAGUGUAGUCCUAGCAUAGAAGGGAGGAGUGAUCAUCUUCAUUUGGGGUAGUGGAUGGGACAGGGAGGUCAGGAAGGAUAUAUCAAAAGUGGGAAUUCUGGAGCUGGGUCAUAAAGGGUGAUUUGCUGUUUGUCUGCUUAAUUGUAGGUGUUCAUUUUAUUCUAACUUUGUGAUUACCAUUUACUGCCAGAUUUCCCUCCUCCCAAGAUUUAUGGCUUCUUGUCACAUACCAUUGUAGAAGUUUCCUUUAAAAGUUAUUCAUGAACAGGUUUCCCAUUCUUACCCUGUUGUCUUUUCCCAUGCUGCUUUGUUUGUAGUAGCUAAUCUCUUUAAAACCAUUCUCAGUAUUUUAGCCACAGUAGUUAGAGCCACCUCUCCCAUUUGACAGGGGAGAAAAUCAAGGCUCAGACAAGAACAUGGAAGAGCUAGAGUUCAUCACCUGCAACUAUUCCGGGUCUACAUUCAAAGCUUUUCCCACUAUCUCACUCUGCUUGUUGGAUUUAAAGUGCAGUUUUCCAGUUUCAUCUCUGCCUGUACGUUCACAAACCUGUAUACCUCCAGUUCAGUGGAUAGACUUUGAAGCUCUACAGCGGCGUCUUAGACACCUUCGGAACAUUGCUGCCCGGAAUAUUGUUAAUAGAAAUGGCCAUCAGCUCCUUGACACCUACUUCACACUUCACUUGUGUAAUACCGAAAAGAUAUACAAAGAAUUUUAUAGAAGUGAAGUGAUUAAGAAUUCCUUGAAUCCAACGUGGCGGAGUCUCGAUUUUGGAAUAAUGCCAGACCGUCUUGAUACAUCUGUGUCUUGUUUCGUGGUGAAGAUAUGGGGUGGAAAGGAGGACAUCUACCAGCUUUUGAUUGAAUGGAAAGUCUGUUUGGAUGGGCUGAAAUACUUGGGGCAGCAGAUUCAUGCCCGCAACCAGAAUGAAAUAAUUUUUGGGCUGAACGAUGGCUACUAUGGUGCUCCAUUUGAACAUAAGGGAUAUUCAAUUGCUCAGAAGAAUAUUCUUCUUCAGGUGGAUCAGAACUGUGUUCGCAAUUCUUAUGAUGUCUUCUCUUUGCUGCGGCUUCAUAGAGCCCAGUGUGCGAUUAAACAGACUCAGGUAACUGUUCAGAAAAUUGGAAAGGAAAUUGAAGAAAAGCUAAGACUCACAUCUACAAGCAAUGAGUUGAGAAAACAAAGUGAGUGCUUGCAAUUAAAAAUUUUGGUGCUUCGAAAUGAACUGGAAAGACAGAAGAAAGCUUUGGGACGGGAGGUGGCAUUACUGCAUAAGCAACAAAUUGCAUUACAGGACAAAGGAAGUGCAUUUUCAACUGAGCACCUCAAGCUUCAACUCCAGAAGGAAUCUCUGAAUGAAUUGAGGAAGGAGUGUACUGCAAAAAGAGAACUCUUUCUGAAGACUAAUGCUCAGUUGACAAUUCGUUGCAGGCAAUUACUAUCUGAGCUUUCCUACAUUUACCCUAUUGAUUUGAAUGAGCAUAAGGAUUACUUUGUAUGUGGUGUCAAGUUGCCCAAUUCUGAGGACUUCCAAGCAAAAGACGAUGGAAGCAUUGCUGUUGCCCUUGGUUACACUGCACAUUUGGUCUCCAUGAUUUCCUUUUUCCUACAAGUGCCCCUGAGAUAUCCUAUAAUUCAUAAGGGAUCUAGAUCAACAAUCAAAGAUAAUAUCAAUGACAAACUGACUGAAAAGGAGAGAGAGUUUCCAUUAUAUCCAAAAGGAGGGGAGAAGUUACAAUUUGAUUAUGGUGUCUAUCUUCUGAACAAAAAUAUAGCACAGCUAAGAUAUCAACAUGGACUAGGGACUCCAGACUUGAGGCAAACCCUCCCUAACCUGAAAAACUUCAUGGAGCAUGGACUAAUGGUCAGGUGGGAACAACUUAUUCCUCAAGGAACCCUGCAUCGCUAUGUUUUCCACAGACUUCUUGCUCUUCGGGUGAGGGACCCGGCCACUGUUACUGUGACGUGAGACGACCUCCCCGCCACCCAGGCUACCGUUUAUGCAGAUGGUAUGUGAACUUUUGCUCGUGCAACAGAGGUCUCCAGAACCUACUGACCUUGAGGCCAGACCCUUUACUUCUAGAAACCUGCCAGUUGCCUUGACUUCUCUGUUCCCAGCCCCGUCUAAUCCCUUUGGUGGCACACAGCGGGUGCUCAUGAAGUUGGGGGGGAGUGGGAGAAUGAGACAGAGCAUUGAUCCAAGGAUUUUGUAAUUCACACCUGUGUCUGUCUCACGGUCCCUUGGGAGCUCCGUGAAGGCGCAACGUGCCCAGAGUCAGCACCAAAAGUCACUGACGACCUUUAGAGGCAGAACCGUCCAGGGCUUGGUGGAGACUGCGGAGCUGAGUUUUUGUGAACAGUAAAAAGAGGUGCACAUUUGAGGGAUUAUCACAGGUUUUCAGUAAACAUCCUGAGUGGUAAUGAGCCCCCAUUCGCUGGGAAACCCGUGCAGGGCCCGAGCCCCUGCUGCCCUGCCCUACAGAAUAUCUGCACUGGGGAACCUGCUUUCUCUCCCCAGUGAUGCCAAAGCAGGCCCUGACCUCGCCCCAGGGCCUCUUCUGCACCCUAAGCCUUAUCAAGGCCCCUUAUGUAGCCCGCUCCUUCUCCCCACCCAUCUGAACAUCCUGCCGGCUGCCUUCUUACAAUAUAGCUCCUCCCCAUUCAGUAGCCCCUUGCUAAGAAGGAGGAGCAAGUCGGGAGGACGUUUCUGCCCAGGGAGUGGAAAAAAUCAGCACCUCAUGAGCAUUGUGUUGUGAGGUGCACUGCAACUUUCCAGAGAGUGGAAAUGCGUAUUUGUAACGGUCAGGAAUGCGAUGUAACUGUCAAAGUCCGUGAAGCCGGCCAUGUAAAUUGUGACUCACAGACAUACAAGAUAGAGGGAGCCAGAGCGUCAGGGAGGCUUUUUUAAGGACUCACCUGAGAUGCAGCCAACAGAUCUGUCAAGGGGAUAGAAUGGGGGCAGGGCUACAGCCAGGGCAGAAGCUGGAGAGAAGGAACCGCCAGGGACCUACCUGUAUUUAUCUAUCCCUUCCGCAAGUAGCUACUGUCUGCAUCCUGCAUGCAUGGAGGAGCAGCGAGGGAGCGAGGGGGGGGCAGUGAGAGUGGGGACAGCGAGUGUAGACGACACAAGUUUACUGGUAAAGAAAUGGAGACAAAUAGGGUGGGAGCUGGUGCGGAAUGUCAGGUGGAGGGCAGAUUUCAUAUAAGUGCGAAUGGGAGAAUCUUAGCGGGCAGCAGGUGAGUUCAGAAGAAGGCAGAGCAAUCAAUGAAAGGAGCACCCUGAGUGUGAUGCAGACAUUACCUGGGUCAGAGGGCAGGAGGGAGGCAGGGAGGGCAGGACUGGACCAAAGCGUCCUUCUGCAGCGGGUGGGAGCUGUGGUCUUCCCACUUAGCCCCGAUGCCUGGGAUGGGGGCCGGAUGGGAUGACUGUCCCAGGGUACAGGCCCGGGACAGAAGGGGCGCCAUGGGGGUGGUGGGAGCUUCCUGGCCUUUUGCAGAAGAUUCCUGAGGUUCAGGGGCGAAGAUUGGCUGGCUGCCCAGGGAGGGGGCCGCUGUGGCUGGGGUUGCCGCCUGGAUUGCAGUCACCUCCGCCCUGGCUCCCUUCGGCCACCCUCCGCCCUCCAAGCCGCCCUCCACACUGCAAACUCCAAUGCUGCCCUAGAUGGCUCUAACCCUCCAGGAACUGUGAAAUACAGGAAAGAGACAGACAUUAUUCACCUCUGCCGGAGGUAUUGUACGCGCUAGUUAACCAAAUCGUUGAUAAGAGGAAGUUUCUCUUACAGAAACAUUCCAAGCAAAAGGAUUCAGAAGGGAUAGUAGAAUUAAACUAUAACAUCUAAGACAAUGAUCGUCGGUGACGGCUAGUGUCACAGAGAGAGAACCAGACAUUUUAUGGCUCCUGAUAAAAGAGCACCCAUGAAGUAGCCUUGUCAAAAGUUUGACCCUGUUUAAAGUUUGCCCCUCAAUGUGGUCAAACCUCUCCCUGUGAUGUCCGAUGCAAUAGACACUGGUCGUGAACGGCUAUUAAGUAAUCGAAAAGUGGCUAGUUCCAACUGAGAUGCGCUGUUACCAUAAAAUAUGCCCUGAGUUUCAGAGAUUUAGCACAAAAAUAGAAUAAUUUUAUGUUGAUAACUUUUGUAUUGAUUACAUGUUGGAAUGAUAAUAUUGUGCAUGCAUUGAAUUAAGUAAAAUGUGACAACUAA